GUACAAACACUUCUAACUAACUGCCAUUCAACUACACUUAUUACUUCAACUCAUCUUCAUUUUCUUUCUUUACAGCCUUAAAGCCCUUAAUUAUAUUUUCUGCUCAUUUAUCUCAACACAAUGCGUCAACCUCGAUUAUCAACCACUCUCUUUGUACUAUUAAUCCAAGCUUCAUUACUACUUUCCUUAAGUUUUGGUUAUAUGCAUGCUAAUUCAUGUAGAUCAUAUUGUGGCAACAUUACAAUCGACUACCCGUUUGGAGUCAAAUACGGUUGUGGACACCCGGGAUACCGAGAUCUUCUAUAUUGUGUCAAUGAUGUCCUUAUGUUCCAUAUAAGUUCGGGGUCAUAUCGAGUAUUAGACAUCGAUUAUACGUUUCAAGCCCUCACAUUGCACGACCCACACUUAUCUACGUGCAACACGAUUGUUCUCGAGUCACGUGGUAACGGGUUCGUGGUCGAGCCAUGGAGGAAACCGUAUUUGACUCCAACACCCGAUAACGCCUUUUUACUACUCGGGUGUUCAAGAAAUUCACCACUCUUCAAAGGGUUUCCUUCCAAUAAACAUCUACCAUGCAGGAAUAUAUCGGGUUUGGGCUGUGAAGACUACUAUAGGUGUCCAGCUUGGGGGUCCAUUGGGCCAACUGAAGUGGGCUUGGUGUCUGGGCUGGGCCCACCGGAAUGUUGUGCGGUGGCUUUUGAUGAAGUUGGGUCGGCCCAAGGGAUAAAUCUUACGAAGUUGGAGUGUCAAGCGUAUAGUAGUGUUUAUAAUUUAGCACCAUUAAGAGUAGAUGGGCCACACGAGUGGUCGUAUGGCAUACGUGUGAAAUACUCAAUUCAAGGGCAUGAUGCAUUUUGUAGAUCGUGUGAGGCUACUAAAGGCACGUGUGGUUAUAAAGGUAGUGAUGAUAGCGGGAUUACAGAAUUGUGUAUGUGCGAUACUUGGAAUUCGACCGCUAAUUGUGAAUCUAUUUCAGUUGAAUCAAUGGUAGCAAAUAGUGUUAUUUUAAGGGGUUCGUUGAGCAUUUUUGCAUUACUAGCAGGAUUUCAUUUUCAUAUGAUUUUAUGGAGCACAAGUUGAAAUCCAAUGUAAAACUGAGUAUCUUUUAAUUAGGUGAUCAAUUCAAGGAAACAUACUUGUCCACAAUACCACAAUCGAUAUAUAUGAACAUAUUGACUAGAAGGUUGGAGGCCUUGGAGAACUUGAAACACUACAAGAAGUGUAAAACUUGCACGUAUAUACUAUGAUAUUGUAUACUCAGAUUCAAAUGUGUCAUGAUAUAAGGCACAUGCAUGCUUUUUUGAGAUUUUAUUAUGACCUACUAAAAAGUUACAAAUAUUUAAUUAUUGUGUAAUAUUGUUAGUGCUGAAACAUUGUUGAUAGUUGAUACAAUUUUUUAAG